AUGUGCUUCCUUCUGAGUGUUGGACAAUCGGUCUAUUCAGAAAAAUUUCUCCCCACUUGGUCGAUGAAGAAGAACUCUUCGUCGAAAUCAUGGCUCCCUUACGGGGACACUGCGGUUUACGCCUAUGGUCUCACAGUGGCCGAACUUCGGACUUCAUCAAAGGACGGCAGCGUCGUUGAAUGCAAGCUCACGGAACUCCAAGACCCCAUGGAAUGCGACAUAUUGGUUAAAAAAAUCGGCAGACCUGUGGUCAAUGUGUGCCUCAAACAAAUAAUGGAGAUCAUUCAGCAGUGCCGUGCUUUGGUACAAACAAAGAAAGGUCCACCGCUGCCUCUCAACUUCCAUCAGAUGCCUUUCUGGAAUCAAGUCUGGAACGGCAUAUUUCCCGGAACUAAGUGGUGCGGAUCCGGUGACAUCGCUAACGGCUACCACGAUCUGGGAAUCGACGCAGCGCUCGAUAAGUGCUGCCGAGCGCACGAUCAUUGUCCUAUCAAAUUGAAGGCUUUUCGGAGAGGUCACGGUCUUGUGAAUUUCUCCCUUUACACAAAGUCACACUGCUCGUGCGAUGAGGACUUCCUUCAGUGUCUCAUCGAGAGUCACUCCGAAAGCGCCGCGGCCAUCGGGAACAUGUAUUUCAACGUCCUGAAGGUACCAUGUCUGCGUGAGAUCGACGAAGGACGGAAUUUAUGCAAAAGCGAUUUGCGCUCUGUAUCGAAAGAGUGUCAGAACGAGGAUACACGAGGAGUGUACAUGAAGUUCUUGGGCCCCGAGAAGCCAUUCCCCCUCCCAGGACUGAACGCUGAAUCUUUGAAACUGAACUAAUCCCCACGCGGGACCGUCGCAUCUAGUCAUCUGUACACACAGGCCAGAGCUCGCCGCACGCGCAGCGAGGGCAAAGAUGUCUCAUCGGAGCACCUCACUUGUUAUGUUAUUAAAAUGAGCACGAACAAAUUCAUUCCAUCUCCGCUGGGAAUCUUUCUUGACGGUCGUGUCCCA